GCAGGGUGUCGCAUAUCACUGAAUACAUUCAAUGAUCAUCAUCAUCAUCAUCAUGAACGAAACGAUAGCUGACGUGAUGGAUAAACCAUCUAAAAAUGGUUAGGCGGGGAAGAAUCAUUGAUUAAUGAUCGUUUCGUCCACAUCUGCAAAUUCGGCGGUUCGCCUUGAAAGUAACGUUAUGCCUUUGUUACAUGUGCAAAAGUUAGCGCUCGAGUUCUCUCGGUACUGCGUCUUCUAGAUCCGGAUUCAUACAUUGCGCGGAAUCUGAAUUGUAAGCAUCGCCUCUGGUUAAACGGCACUGCACAAGUCGCACAGCGCUGAUGCUGCGUUGACAGUCGGUGCUCUCGCUUUGCGUAAAGGUGAACAGUAAUCUCUCCCGUUCAACGGGCGAUACAGAUUUUUGCGCGCACAAUGGCCGGGCGCCGCGGCUGCGUGAAUUCGCUGUGGUCAGGGAGCGAGCGGGUUCGUAUCGGAGAGCGAUUAAAAGCAACUGUGGCUGGCAUCAUGGAGCUGGAUCUCCUCAGAGGACGACAGCUGGAGAUGGUGGAUGCGGUGCUGGACGGGAACGCAACGGCCGCUCACCGCGGAGAAGAACGGGAGAGCGCCGCCGAGGAUGGUGCCGCAACCUCCCGCAGGCAACAGAGUCUGUCCCUAGCGCACCCUGAUCUGCCUUAUCCGAGCACAACGGGAGAGGGGAUCAGCUCACGCUGGUCCACCUUGUCUUGGGAUGUCCCGUCUGAUCUGUUGUCCUCUCCCACUCCGGACCCCCCAGGCACCACAGCACUUGACUGCGACUCCAGACCCAGCUCAGGCUUUUACUCGGUCAGUGGGAGUUCUCUGUCAGACUCUUGUUAUUCAGUGUCCAGUGAGGCAGCUCCUGGAGGGGCAGUAAAAGUGAGCUGUAGGCCUCGCUCGAUGGAUCAUAGCACCACCCACUGGAGGGAGGCUGAAUCUCAGAGUGUGGAUUGUCCUGAUCGGACACUGGAGAAACAGGACAAAAGACCUUUUUCAACUGGAGAUCUGGAGAUCAACAGCCUCAUGUUCCUGACAGACCUCUGUUCAAAUUUAGGAGGAAUACAUCCCGGCUCAUUUCUGCCCUCUUCCAACUCUAGUCCUCAGCUUCACCUGGACCCCAAAUUUUGCUCAGACCUAGUGUCUCGAAAGACGAAAGAGGUCUACCCUUACCCUAGUCCCCUUCAUGCUGUGGCCCUCCAGAGCCCCCUGUUCACCUCCUGUCUGGAGCCUUCCCCCACACGCCUCUCUCCCAGCCCAGAGAGUGAGCAACCUGUAGAGCCAGACCUCGAAGAAGCUUCCACGAAGAGCCAACCCCCAACCUCUCCAUCCUUUACUCAACUGGAGCAAUACAUCAACCGAUUAGUCCAUCAGUAUCACAGCAGGGUGGCUGCUGAAACCGCCAGUCGUGGACAUCAAAAGAACCUCGCUGGUUACGAGGGGCUUCAUCCGAGAAGUGCUUCCUCAUCCAGCCUGUCUGGUGGUAGCCUGACUCCAUGUAAGUCCAUACUGGGAAAUGCGGCUAGAGUCAGUCUGAGUAGUAUUGGCAAACGUGCAAGUCGCAAUUCCAUCAAUCUUGGAAACUUGCCCUCUGUGACAGGAGAGGAUUUCAACAUCAGCUUCCACGUGAAUCUCAAUCUAAACCUGAAUCCAAACCUGAACAAGACAUUGAGUUUUGAUGCUAAAAAUAUGAAAGAGGAGGUGUCAGGGUCAUGUGGACAUCUCUCCGCCAGUAUAGUUACUCCAGCUGCUUCUCCUUCCUCUUCUACAUCCACUAUCACCAGCACUCCAAACUGGAGCAGGAGACCAAGAAUCUCCACCUGCCCUUCUUCAGUGAACCACAGAGGGUCUCUGGAGAUAACCGGAAAGACUUUUACCCCCAUGGGUUUCUCUAAAUCACUAGAUUGGAGCGGAGCAGCAAGGGAAGAGGCAGAGGGUUGUCCUCAAACCAAAGCUUGGGAUAGCCCUCCUAAACUUAACGAAGACUCUGCAGUUGUUUGUGAAAUCUCUCGUGUAUCUGGGCUGCCAAGAUCUGUUGUUAUUGGUUUGAUGGAGGAGGGGGUAGAGUUGGAUGCGGAAUGUUUUAGAAGUGAAAGAGAAAGAGGUGUGGGGUCUACCUCUCCAAGUGUUACUACACUGAACUCUAACCGUUCUUCAUUUCAACUUCCUUUUGGAUUAGAUCGAACUAAUCUGACGCCGUCAUCAAACACUUGGACAGGUCAAGACUACUUAUCCCAUCAGCACCGCCUGCAAGUUUCCCACUCAGAUUGCCAUUCGGCACUUACGUCACAGUCAAGUAGCCCCCAUUCUGACAAUUCGGGUCUCACGCCAACUAGGUCCUCUCCCAUCCUCCCCUUCCCACAUAAUCAAUCAGACCCCGCCUCCUCUCCUGGCUCCUCCCAUACCAGAGUCCAUUCCCCUCCUCGGUUACUUUCUAAUUCCCCAUUUACCCCUGCACAACUAUCAGUAUUUCGCCGUGACUCUCCAUCCCAAUGUUCUCUCCCACGCUUUCACCCAUCUAGUUCUUCUCUUGAAGGCCUCAUUCGACCUCGUGGAGGUUCCCUCAGGCAAAAUGCAGGGGCUGGAUGGAGGCCUGAGGACAGAAGCUGGCGAAGAAGUGGAGAUGGAGAAAGGCUGUACCAGGGUAAACAUGCUUCUAGAGAGCUUAUCCGAGCUGCCACAGUGAGUAGUUACUCAGGCAGAGACUACAGCAUCGGAUGGGAGGAUGAAAUGAGCACUCAGACACCUAAAAAGGGUGGAAAGUUCUGGAAGGGCUUUGAAGCACGACUUUGGGGAAGAGAAGAGGAGGAUGAGAGAGACAAGAGGGCUGGUGGAAUCAGCUGGAGGCACACCUCUUUGAAAGAAACGCCAUCCAGUAGGCAGGAACAAAGAGGCAACAACUCAAAAAAGAAAGGGACGAGUUGGGAUGGGCGGAGCUCCAGCCUCCGCUUGUCCAGGCGAGCAUUAUUUCGAAGCGAAUCUCAGGGAAUACUCGAGCCACAUUCUCAAAAGCGGGAUUGCAAUCAGUGGCGUUCCUCUUUUGAAAUCAGCCGAGCCGGGCGGGGCUCAGAGCGCAGUCGCAAUCUUGUGAGAAUGGAAGAGAAGCAUCAUUCUUCAACUGCCAGUCUUUUCCAUCUCUCUCGAUCUCAGAGCCUAGAGGGAAGCAGUCACUCGCUCUCGCCUCUUUCUUCCCCUUCCCUCUCCCCGUCUCCACCACCAUCAGCCCCUCUCACCCGUUCCAGAUCAUUCCGUGACCUGGGAAGAAAGGUUUUUGGCUCCAUGAGGUCCCUCAGUUUCAAUAAAAACCAGAAAUCUAAAAAGAAAGAUUAGUAUUUAUAGUAUAAGAACUUUCAACAGGGGCGUAACAAUGCUGCCAGUUUUUUUCAAACUUUAAACAUUUUCUGCCUGGUUAGGUGCUUCUGCAUGCCAUUUUGUGACGUGUCUUCGUGCACUGUUAUGGUCAUAGUGCUGCUGGUGUUGUUUUAACUAUGGACAUAUUAGGUUUAAAGCACUCUAAAGUAUACGCUGACCAAAUAAAAAAAUAUGUUGUAUGAACUCCGUGCUCAGGACUUUAUGAAGAAACAUUGUUUGAUAUUUGAAAAGUGCUAAAAUGUGGAUAAAUAUCAAUAAAACUAUUUCAAACGGAA